AUGGAUGCGAUCGAUAGGCAGAUUCUUCGAAUUUGCAAUGAGUUGGAAUGGUUCGUUAUGAAACAUAACGUGAGAGGUGAUUUCGGCUACCAAACCUUGUUGUAUGGUCGUACUGUUGAAGUGCGCCAGGUGUUCAUCGCGGUUAUCGAAAAACUGCCAAAGCAUUUGCCAUCUCGGGAUACUGAGCAGUCUGCUGUUUCUAAUCUCCUAUUUUCUGUCCGGGCACCGAUCGAUUGUUCAUUAAGCUGGGUACCAGAAUUCUGCCGUCGCCUCCGUAUGAGACGAGAAGGACGUCUUUGGGUGCCGUCUGAUAAUGAGCCGGAUGCCUUCUUUUUCUCGUCGUCUGGGAAGCCACUUUGGGAUGCACUAGCAAGUAACCAGUCAAGAUUAGCCCUCGCUAACAUAAUCCGUUCGUCCGAGUUCUCAGGCAGUAUCGCUCAGCCACGUUUGAAACCACCACUU